AUGCAAUCAGCUCUGGAAAGCUUUGUUUUGGAGGGUAUGGAUUUCCCAUACUCCGCAUUGUCCAUCUUCGCCACCGUAGCCAUCCCGGGCCGGUAUUUGGAGACAAAGCUCGGAGGGAUCACGCCACUCGAAGCAUUGAAAUGGAAGAUACACGGCCCGUUGGCACCGCUACAAGUACAAGGGCAAAAUGUGCAGUGGGAAUCAAGAUCUGCAUUCGUGCUCCCCCCAUGGGAGACACGGAUCAAGUGCGUCAUAGAGACUGCGGAAAUCGCCAUCCAGACCCACGAUGGCAUCGAACUGGACGCCGCACUCGCCGACGGAGCGAUCCAACGUACCUUCACUGAUGGCAGUGGAUACGCAGGACUCGUGGGUGCAUCCGCGGUGGAUCCAACAAGCACGGACUGGAAGCAACGACACCUUGGAUCGCUGGACCAAUCCAAUGUGUACGUUGCAGAACUCUCGGGCAUUAAAAUGGCCCUGGAACAACUGGCAAAUCGACCGAACCAUCCAACUAAGGACAAGAACCCGCGACGACCGUCCGGCCAAUACGUGCUAAAGACCAUUUACAACCACGUAAGGGCUAUCCGGUCGCGUGAAACACCCACAGGGAUCACCCUUCGGUGGAUUCUAGCCUAUGUGGGGGUUGCUGGCAAUGAAACUGCAGACGAGGCUGCAAAAUUAGCCGCUUUGUGGGGAGCGGGAGAUUCUCUAGAAGGUGCGGGCGCGGGCUCGGAGAAACACUUUGUCUGGCUCGCCUCCACCGCGAAGCGAAACACGCGCAAGCGCAUCAAGGAGAGAUGGAAGAAGCAGUGGGAGAAAGAGAAGACGGCCAAACCGACAAGGUGCCUAAUUAAGGCACUAAGCCGCAAGGCCUUAGAGCUAUAUGAGGGACUGUCUAAGCCGUACGCAUCAAUUCUUAUUCAAAUGAGGUCUAAGCGCAUCGGCUUGGGGCAUUUCUUAUACAAAAUUAAAGAAAGGGAAACAGGCCAUUGUAGCUAUGACCAGGGAUCUCAGACACCGAGAUAUAUCCUACUCCAGUGCCCGCUGUACAACGGUCUACGGCGAACUAUGCUAGAUAAGAUCGCUCGCACCGAUCUUGGUAGCACCACGGAAUACGACGCAAUCGUAUCACACCCGCGCGCGGCCCGCUACGCCGCUGCGAUGAUGCAUCAAACGGGUCUCCUAGGCUAA